AUGGCAUUUUGCAACGUUUGCCAGAAGUCCUUCAAGACCGACCAAGCUCUCCGCCAACAUAACGAAGACUCGCCUGCUCACCAGCCCGCCCGAUGCGAGCCCUGCAACAAACAAUUCCCGAACCAGGAAGCCCUCGCCCAACACGCCCACAACUCUCCAGCCCACAAAGGCACCCACACCUGCCAGCCUUGCCAACGCACAUUCCCGAAUCCGGUAGCCCUUGCACAACACGUAAAAGACUCCCCCGGCCACGCCUCCUCGCCUCCUCGUCCCUCGAAACCGCCCACCACCACCAUCACCACAUCCACAUCAACGCCGCAGGCCACAACCCCGCCAAACACAGACCAACCCCACCGCCACCGCUGCAACACCUGCACCCGCACCUUCGCCACCCCCUCCGCCCUCCACCAACACGCCCGCGACUCCCACGCCUCCCCCACGCACCCUUGCCCGCACUGUCCCCGCCGCCGAUCCUUCCGCAGCGCCUCCGCCCUCGCCCAGCACAUCCGCGACUCGCCCUCUCACGACAACGACAGCAACAAAAACAAAACCGCCCCCCCUCCCACCACCACCCCCCUCGACGCCUUCUUCCACACCUACCCCACCUUCCCCUACGACCGCGCCCUCCCCGCCUCCGAGUCCUGGCGCCGGCUCUGCGCGCACAUGGGCUGGAAGCGGAACGCGUCGUCAUCCUCUUACUCCUCCUACUACUAUAACGACAACUACGAGCUGUACGUCUCGGCGCUGCGGCGCGAGCUGGAGGUGUGGUUUGGCGGCGAGGACGAUCUGAGGAACUGGCACGCGCUGUGCCGGGCGGUCGGGGUGGGGGGAGGGGGAGGGGCGGCGGUGGCGGCAACGGCGGGGUCGUCGGAGUCGUCGGAGUCGUCGCGGCUGCCCGAUACGGAGAAAGGGUGUGAGCGCGCGUUGAGGGGGACGCACGUCAAUCUCGUUGAUUUGGUGGGGUGGGCGCGGCGGGAGGAGGUCGAGGGGGAGGGGGAGGCGAGCGGUGGGGACACCAUCCAGGUGUUUGGGAGCGUGGGGGCGCUGGCCAAGUACUGCAAGAGGACGGGGAAGUGGUUCCCUCUGGAUGAGGUGGCCGAGGCGGGCGAGAAUGGGGACGGGAAUGUGGUUAUCAGGCAUUUGUUGAGGAAGUUGAAGAUGAAGACGUGGCUCUAA